UUAAAAGAUUUUGAAUAUUAAAUUGAUUUUUUUUUAAAGAAUGGUAUAUAAAAAUGUUAUGUUUGGAACAUUCGUCUUAACAAGUUUUAUAAUGAUAGUGAUCCAUGCUGAUAAACCACAUAUAAUAAUGAUUGUUGCUGAUGAUUUAGGAUGGAAUGACAUUAGUUUUCAUGGCUCUAAUGAAAUACCUACACCAAACAUAGAUAGGCUUGCGAAUAAUGGUGUUAUUCUUGACAACUACUAUGUUCUACCAAUUUGUACACCCAGUAGAAGUGCAAUUAUGACAGGCAGAUAUCCAAUACAUACAGGGAUGCAACAAGAUACAAUAUUUGGUCCUAAUCCAUAUGGAGUUGGUUUAAAUGAAAAAUUUUUACCACAGUAUUUAAAACAGCAAGGCUACAAAACACAUGGUGUAGGAAAGUGGCAUCUAGGAUUUUUUGCUAAGCAAUACACACCAACGUAUCGUGGUUUUGACUCGUAUUAUGGUUCUUAUUUGGGUAAAGGAGACUACUGGAAUCACUCAAAUACAGAGACAUACUCUGGUUUAGAUCUUCAUGACAAUGAAAACGGUGUUUUUUCACAAGAUGGAAACUACAGUACUGAAAUGUAUACUGCAGAAGCUAUUAGUUGCAUCAAUAAUCAUAAUAGUUCUGAACCUUUGUUCUUAUAUUUGGCUUAUCAAGCUGUUCACAGUGCUAACACAGAAGAGGAUCCUUUGCAGGCUCCUCAAGAAUGGAUUGAUAAAUUUUCUUACAUAAAACAUGAGCAACGACGAAAAUAUGCUGCUAUGUUAGGGUAUAUGGAUUAUGGUGUUGGAAGGGUACAUGAUGCGUUAGCUAAAAAGAAGAUGUUAGAUAACUCUAUCAUCAUUUUCACCACAGAUAAUGGUGGUCCUGCAAAUGGUUUCGACUAUAAUUGGGCAAACAAUUUUCCUCUUAGAGGUGUAAAAGCAACUCUUUUUGAAGGUGGAGUUCGUGGUGUUAGCUUUGUUUACAGUAAACUUAUUGAGAGUCCUAGAGUUUCACAUGAACUAAUCCAUAUUACUGAUUGGUUACCUACAUUAGUUAACUUAGCAGGUGGAAAGGUAUCUGAUGGUUUUUUAGAUGGAUUUGAUCAGUGGGCAACUUUGCAAAAUAAACAGUCUUCACAGAGGAAUGAGGUAUUAUUAAACAUUGAUGAAAAAGUCUGGAAGAAUGAAGCAUUACGAGUUGGAAGCUGGAAGAUUAUUAAAGAAGGUAAUUAUUGGGAUGGUUGGUACCCUCCUCCAUCUUUUAAUGAACAAUCAAAUAAUUCUUUCAGUUAUUUGUCCAGUACUGUGAAAUGUGGUCAUGAUAUCCCUAUUGUCAUCAAUCACUGUGAUAGUUAUUGUCUAUUUCAUAUUGAUGAAGAUCCAUGUGAAAUUAAUGAUUUAUCCAAAAAGUUCCCUGAAGUUUUAGCAGAACUGAUAAAUAGGCUUAAUACAUACAGACAAUCAAUGGUUCCACCUAGAAACAAUAUGACUAUUGAUCCAAGAUCAGAUCCGAAGCUGCAUAAUGGAGUAUGGCAACCAUGGGAGAUGCUUAAUUAAUACUUUCCGUUUGAAUUUACACGCUGCACGGGUCGGAAUGACAAACAAAAAUUUUGAAAUUUUUUUAUUUCCAUCUCGUUCAGCCUUAAAUACUUUUAACGUUUUAGCAAGUUUUUUUUAUAAUCAUUAUACUUGACUUUUAUGUUUUAUAAACUUUAUUAUUAAAUUUUAUAUUUUAACUUUAAUUUUAGUUUUAAUAUAUUUUAACUUUGCAACAUUGUACUUUUUAACUUUUCAUUGUAAAUUUUAACUGUAUUUAUAGUA